AAAAGCAGAGAAAGAUUAUUGUAACUGCAAAAUGUGAAGCACAGAAAAGGAACCUUAUCACUUAUUACGAUCUUCAAUCUCUCUCUCUCUCUCUCUCUUGCAGAGUAUGGCCUCCACACUCAGUCUGCUAAAGCUUCCCAUUCUUCCAACCAUCAAACCACGCUCAAAACCUCUUCCCUUUCCAUCCAUAUCUUCCAAAUUGAAUGUCCAAACUCCACAAAAAUUAUUUGAUCAAAACAUCAUCAACACUACUCUCAAAAACACCUCUCUUUCUCUCACAGCAAUCACAUUUCCAUUCUUAUUAGAACCAAAUCACGCACUUGCUGUUGGUGGAGAGUUUGGGAUAUUGGAAGGAAGAACAUUUGCUCUCAUUCACCCAAUUGUUCUUGGUGGUUUCUUCUUCUAUACACUUUAUGCUGGUUAUUUAGGUUGGCAAUGGCGUCGAGUCAGAACUACUCAGAAUGAGAUUAAUGAACUCAAGAAACAAAUUAAACCUGUCCCAGUUACACCAGAUGGUAAACAAGUUGAAUCUUCACCACCAUCUCCGCUCGAACUCAAAAUUCAGCAACUUACUGAGGAGAGGAAAGAGCUUAUCAAAGGUUCAUAUAGGGAUAAACACUUCAAUGCAGGAUCCAUACUUCUAGGAUUUGGUGUGUUUGAGGCUGUUGGUGGAGGAGUGAACACAUGGCUUAGGACAGGAAAGCUAUUUCCCGGUCCACAUCUAUUUGCUGGAGCAGGUAUUACCGUCUUAUGGGCACUGGCAGCUGCCCUAGUACCACCAAUGCAGAAAGGGAGUGAAACAGCCAGAAAUCUCCACAUUGCGUUGAAUACGGUGAAUGUUUUGCUCUUUGUGUGGCAGAUUCCCACUGGACUGGAUAUUGUACUCAAAGUGUUUGAGUUCACAAAAUGGCCUUGAAUGUAAGAUUUGCAUGUGCAAGUUCCCAGUACACAGAACUUUGCCGCCUUACUAACUAUGGAAUUAGGAAUGAUGAAACCGUGAUAAAUUGGGUUAGGAGCAUCCCGGUCUUAAGUCUUAUCUGUUGGCAUGUACUGUUGAACAAAAAUGAUCCAACCAACCUCAUCUAAUGUAACUUGUAGCAUCCCGGUCUUAAGUCUUAUCUGUUGGUAUGUACUGUUGAACAAAAAUAACCAAUCUCAUCUGAUGUAACUUGGAAGUAUCUUCAAUCUUUCCUUCUUUACUUGUCUCUCUCAA